AUGACAGUUUUCAAGCUUCGGCGGCUGAAUAAUAUUGUAGGUGACUGUAUUUUAUUUAUUUUGUUUUCUACUCUAACUUACCUUACCCUGCUUUAUCCUACCUUAUUCUACCUAUUCUACCUUAUCUUGCCCUCUUCUACCUUACCCUGCUUUACUCUACUACACCCCUCUUUAUCCUACUUACAAUAACUUACUCAAUCUUACCGUUCUUUACUAUCGUACCUUAUUUUACCCUGUAAGUUUUUAUACAACCAAGUACAGUAUAAUAAACUUUUUAAAAUCCAAUUUUUCAGGCCACAAAGACAGUAAAAUCCCACACAGGCAAAAGAAGGAAAGUUGAAUAUAUGCUGCUGAUCAUUAGUAUAACAUCACCAUUACUAUUCCUUCUAAAAUCGUGUGUAUAUCUUCUAGACUUCCCUACUGGUUUCUUUAAAGUACGAGUAUUAGAAGGCUUUAUAUGUUUUUACUUCCUAGACUACCUUAUUGUACAGGCCUUUGCGUAAGUUGCUUUACAAAUAUUCUUUACUCUACUCUUAUCAAUAUUUUUUUUAUAAAGUUUUUCAUUGUAAAAUACGUGUUAUAUAUUUUGUUUGUAAAUUAAACUUAAACAUUAAUUUUUCUUUAUUGGUAUACCUAUUACAAUACGUACUAUAGUUAAAACAGUGACUUAAAGUUUGUAAAUUUUAGAAUAGUACAGCUUAUCAUCAACCCUUCCUUUUGGUCAUUUGUAAAAGCAGGAAAGAUUGAUCCAUCAUUAUCUACGAAAGAACUAAAUCACGUUCAAUUGAGGAGCAAAACGGUUUUACCUUCCCAAUCUCAAAACGUGUCAUUUUUCUGA